UCAUCACUGUGGGUGUGUGAAAGUUAGACUGGCAGGUCUACAAUUUACUUCCCCAAAGCAAAGUCUUAUUUGGAUAACCGAUUUCAAACAUGAAGGCCAAAAUGGUGAUUUUCGGUGAUCUCUGUUUGCUGCUUUGCUGCAUGCAUUUUGAUGAUUCACAGAAGAUCAUUGUCUCUGUCAAUACACAAAAAGAUUAUUUAUUUCCGCUGGACAUGGCCAGAAAUUCUGUUGAUGACAUGUAUUCUAACUGUGCUAAAAUAAUGAAAAAAAAGGUUAAAGACAUGUUCUUUAAAAAAGAAAUGGAGGAUAAAUUAUUUAAACCUGCAUGGGAGGCAGCUGAAGAGUGUGCAAACCAAAACUUAAAAAAGAGAGAGGAAGGAGAUAAGGCUCUUACAAAAGACCUCAUGCAAGCAAUGUGUACUUAUACAAAUGAAAAUCCAAACCUCUAUAAAAAAUUCAAUGAAGAAGUCAGGACCAAACGGGAAGCAUAUGGUUCAUCCUUUCGAUUCCAUUCCCUUUAUUUCUGGCUGACCAGGGCUAUACAGAUUCUUAAUAAACAAAAAAAAUGUAAAACGACUUUUCGCAGAACCACAGAAAAAUUUACUGGAAAUGUCAAACAAACAAUUCGGUUUGGUGCUUUUACCUCAACCUCCUUUGAAUCAAAUUUGACCUCUUUUGGUCGUGAGACAUGCUUUAAGAUUAAAACAUGUCAUGGUGCUUAUUUAAAAACGUACUCAGUAUUUCAACAUGAGCGGGAAGUGCUCAUUCCACCUUAUGAGAAGUUUAAAAUAAUCAGCAACAAUAAAAAAAGAGAACUCCAGGAUUGUGAGGUUGUUUAUGUCUUGAAAAGUGCUGGAGUCCAAAGCAAUCUUGAUUGCCAAAUUGCAAACAGCUAGCAUUGUGAUUAUUUUCUUCCAGCCAUUAUUUCUCUAACUCUACCUUUUAAUUUCAUCCUAAAUUUAUAAAUUGUUCAUUAAAAAGAAAGCUUACAUUUAUCUCUCUUAACUCACUUAUAUUAAGCAGUAGAUUACAGCCCAAAGUUUUACUGAGUGCCGUCUCCUAAAGACAAGAUAAUGAUUACUUGCAACUUGUAUUAUGAUCUGCCGUUCAGGGAUUUUUGGUUCUGUUUAGUUUUCAGUUAGGCUUGGAUAUAUGUUAUUGUGUUUUUACAAAUUAUAUAUAUAUUUUUAAAUUACUUCUUAGUUUUACUAUUCCUAUCUGGUGUUAUCUACUGUUAAGUAUUCCUUUGUCUUUUUUUGCUCUGGAUUUAUUUUGCCAUUCAUUGUUUCCAGUUCUCUUUAGAUUAUGAUUCCCAGUUACUCUCCAUUGCCCCCUAGUGUCACCUUCCUUCCCAUUGGAUCUCUUGUGGUUCUUUCUCCGCACACCUGUUUCCACCCAAAUAUUUACUCCAAUCUUUAUCAUGUUAGUCUCCUCCUCAGUGUAC